UCUCACAGCCUGCCUGGAACCAUGUCUGCUCGACUCCCCUCGUUACUACUCAGGUCCUACUCUCACAACUUAUGCCUCAUGAGUGCACGCACAUUGAAAAAAACAUGGAUUCCCAUUAACACGAACUGGCUCUGUUGUCGCUCCCUCAAUGUUGACAGCCCCCCGCACGUCCCCACCCUGACCGGCAGCUAUGUCCACGGCACCUCCUCGGUCUCCCUGCUCCCUCUGACCGUGGGCCAGAGCCUGGACGCCGCAGCCCGUCGCUGGCCUGAACGGGAGGCCCUGGUCUUCCGACAGGACGGCAUACGCAAGACCUUUGCCCAGUUCAACCAGGACGUUGACCAGGCAGCUGCAGGCCUGCUGGCCCUGGGUCUGAAGAGGGGAGAGAGGCUGGCAGUUUGGGGGCCCAACACCUAUGAAUGGCUCCUCUUCCAGUUUGCCUCUGCCAAGGCUGGCAUCAUUCUGGUAUCAGUGAACCCAGCCUAUCAGCUGAAGGAAGUGGAGUUCACUCUGAGGAGGGUCCAGUGUAAAGCAGUGGUGUGCCCAACCCAGUUUAAAACCCAGAAGUUCUGUGAGAUAUUGCGGGAGAUCUGUCCAGAGAUUGACUCAGGGGCAGCAGGGUUGUUCAAGAGUGCCAGACUGCCAGACCUGUGCAUGGUGAUACUGACGGACAGCAGACAGCCAGGCAUGAUCCACGUGGAUGAUGUGAUGCAGGCAGCCUCCGGACAGCAGCACCAGGAGCUGCAGGCUCUGCAGAGCUCGCUGUCCUUUGACGACCCCAUCAACAUUCAGUUCACAUCAGGCACAACAGGAAGUCCGAAAGGCGUCACUCUCUCCCAUCACAACAUCGUCAACAACGCCUAUUUCAUGGGCCUGAGAGUAGGGUACAGCUGGAGGCCUCAGGUGCGGGUGUGUAUUCCAGUGCCCAUGUACCACUGCUUUGGCUCCGUGCUGGGAGGGAUGUGCAUGGCUGUGCACGGAAUCACGCUGGUCUUCCCCUCCACUGACUACAGCGGCCGUGCCAGCUUGCAGGCCAUUCAGGAGGAGAGGUGCACAUUUGUUUAUGGGACACCCACCAUGUACAUUGACAUGCUCGGGCAGCCUGAUUUCGAUAAGUAUGACCUGUCCUCCGUUGAGGCUGGGAUCAUGGGUGGAUCUCCAUGUCCUCAGGAGGUGAUGAAGAAGCUGAGGAGAGACAUGAACGUGAAAGAGAUGAUGAUAGCUUAUGGUACCACGGAGAACAGCCCUGGGACGUUUCUGGGUUUCCCAUUGGACAACGAGGAGCUGAAGAUGAACACCAUUGGGUGUAUCCUGAAUCACACUGAGGCCAGAGUGGUGGACCCCUCCAGUGGGCAUUUGGUGCCUUUGGGAGCCUCUGGAGAGCUUCAUAUCAGAGGCUACUGCGUGAUGCUAGAGUACUGGGACGACCAGGACAACACCAGGGCGUGCAUCUCCACAGAUCGCUGGUACAAGACCGGGGACAUCGCCCGCCUAGACAGUUUCGGAUACUGCCGUAUCGAGGGCCGCAUCAAGGACAUGAUCAUUAGAGGAGGGGAGAACAUCUACCCUGCCGAGAUAGAGCAGUUCCUCCACGCACACCCCAAAGUCCAGGAGGUGCAGGUGGUGGGAGUGAAGGAUGAGAGGCUGGGAGAACAGGUGUGUGCCUGUAUCAAGCUAAAGGAGGGCCAAACUUGCAGUGCGGAGGAGAUCCAAGCUUUCUGCAGGGGCCAGAUUUCUCACUUCAAGAUCCCCCACUAUGUGGAGUUUGUGGAUGGGUAUCCUCUGACAGCCUCCGGGAAGAUCCAGAAGAACAACCUGAGGGAGGCCAUUGAGAAGAAGCUGGGCCUGUGACACCUAGGACCUUAGAGUGGGUCAAGCUGCAGACACACAAGGCUGAUAGACAGACAGAGGCUGGAAGACUCUGGCCUGUGAUCU